GGCCCCAUGAAAAUAUUUAUCGCGGGCCCCAGAGAUAUCAGAGAUAUGUCUCACGGGAAAAAAACUGAAAGAACUUUUAAAGUUUUUGUCACUGUAGAUCAAAUUAUGUUCUCUUUGCUUUAUUUUAAAUGUAAACGGAAAUGGCUGUAUUUCACAACCUACUGAUAAAUCGUAUAUGAUUUAAAUUCCACUCUUCCUCUUAGGGCCCCCUGAAUCUACCUCACCUUUCAACCCCAUAGGGCAGAUUUUCAGCUUGACCACAUUAAGAAUACAUGGACAAGCACACAUGGAAUCUUUAGUUUGUAGACCUGUUGUAUAAGUAAGGGACAAUGCCUGCUUAUACCAUGGUCACUUGCCAAAGAAAAUAAAUUAAGACCAUUCAUUGAUAUUUUCAUGCAUUUUACAAUCCAAAUAUAACGUUUUUCACAAGCCAUAACUUUGUUUCCCUGGUAACGCCUUUGUGCUUCAGCGUUGGUGUUACGUUGUUGCGCAAAAUUUACUCAAAGCAAUUCAUGCUCCCUUUUAGGUUGCGCGUGUUGCCAAGCAAUUUACCGCCAGAACAGUAGGUGGAGUAAUAUGUGGAGGAAAGUUUUUCGUUGAAGACGACCUCGAGAAUGACGUCUUUGUCUGUGGGAGUCGUUGGUUUGUUUAUGUGCCAGAUCGUGUUCUCCCCAUACACAGUGAAUGAUGGCAACAGACAGAGGAACAGGGGUGAUGAAGUUGUUGAUCAUUGGGGUUGUAUAAAUGUGCAUAUCUCUCUACAUUUUAAAACGACAUAAUGUGUUGGCAGCAAAGUUAACUUCACUUCAGGUUAAUGCUUUUGUAUAUGAGCCUGCCGGGUGAUACUCCAGACAGGAAGUAGUAACCAGACCAGCAAACCAAUCACAGCCUUGCAGGCUGGGCUGCUCGCGUAAAAGCUUACGUAAAAAAUGACGCAAGUCUAGAAAAAUCACCCGACGCACGCAAGACGUGAGAAGUCGCGCAAGGGGGGCGCAAGGGCGCGCAAGGGCCUCUUGCGCUUGCGCUUACGCUUACGUAACCGAGCAUAAACCAGCCUUUAAUACCUGGAACAACCAUUACGCUCCCGUAAGGGUUCUUAUGCAUCGGACACGUUGUUCACUCCCCUAGUAAUUUGGACAGACCUUAGCUACGAAUUGGCAACGGAGGUAUUCUAGUCCGCUCAGCUAUGAGCCAGAGAGCUAACAUUAUGCAUUGUACAUAUUUAUAAUUCGAAAUUCGUCCCAGCCUUUAUACCACAGAUACUCUAGGGUCUAUAGCAUAUAACCGCGUGGUCUGAUUACAGUUUAAUUCAUUUUUCACAAUUUACCAGCUCUCGUUUUGAAUACCGAAUCACCACGCCAUUUGUUUCAAUGGGAAUCGCGACGGUCCAUACUUUCAACAUAAAGUGUACAAAUUUAUAAUUUGAAAUUCGUCCCAGCCUUUAUACCACAGAUACUAUAGUGUCUAUAGCAUAUAACCGCGUUUUCUGAUUACAGUUUAAUGCAUUUUUCACAAUUUACCAGCUCUCGUAUUGGAUGCUGAACAGAUUAUUUGACUGGAACUACAGGCGUCCGUAUAUCAGUUAAAGCACACCCUUCAGCCAAUCAGAAUCGAGUAUUCCCCCAGACCGUGGGAAUAAACAGUUUCAUAUAAAUAAACAGUUUCCUGUGUGCUUGUAUGGCGACAACCCUCAUUCUCAUAUAACCGUCACAAAAUCCCUGUGAUUUGGGAUUAACAUUCCUGGUGGACUCAAUUGAGACGCAUUGUCAAAUGAUUUUCCGCGUGAACAGUUUUAUAAAACAGCAAGCCUCGGUGUCGAUUGGGCUGAAUUUUUUUUCUUUCCUGAGAGACGUUGGGUUAUCGAGUUUCUUCGAGCAGUUGGUGGGGAAUGCAAAGUGUUGUUGUUGUCAAUGUUGACACUACAGUCCUUGAUAGUUGGGCCUGUCGGAGCCUGUGAGAGGACAAGCAGUUUAGGACGGUUGCAUUGUAUUGUUCCACAGCAUGAAGUGCGUGAGGGAUGCUGGCUGUCAUUGGUUUUCCUGGCCUGCCUGCUCGCUGUUUGUUGGCUGUAUGUUUGUAUGGUUACAUUCAAUGACAGAGAGGAUGUUAAUUGGAAGGGCUUCACAAUUCUGAAAAAGUGGGUGAACUGGUUCAUGGUGGCGAUCAUUAUAUUUGCUGUGUUGACCUUCUACUACGCACUGCUGCUGGUCUUUGCACUGUUCCAAAUUGCCUUGAAAGAACCACUUGAAUUGCACUGCGUACACCAGGUCUUUCUGUUAAUGGGUGUACUAUUUGUGGCCUUGGCUGUUGCUGCAUUUACCCAUGGGUGGCCAGGGGAAUGGCCCACGGUCGCCGUCUCACUCCAGGCCACAGGCCCCUUCUUGCAGAUGGGUGCUGUGGUAGCACUGACUCUUCUCAGCUGGUUCGUCAUCCAGAGAGUUCACAAAGCUCGCAGAGUAGGAUCCAAGAUCCUUCUGUCGCUGGUGUUUUCUAUCAUAGUUAUAGCUGUGUACCUGAGUCCCCUACUUAUCCGGUGUCAUACCCCCUGCCUGUCUGACGACAUCCCUCCCAAACCUGAGCUCAUUGGCCACCGAGGUGCACCCAUGCUGGCCCCUGAGAACACCAUGAUGUCGUUCGAGAGGAGUGUGGCAUGCAACGUGACAGCCUUCGAAACAGACGUGCAGAUCAGUGGAGAUGGGGUUCCCUUCCUCAUGCACGACCAUGACGACUUCUUUCUGCGGACAACAGACGCGAAGCACAAGUUUGCUGGGCGGGACUUCAACAAGAGCGGCAAGCUAACGUUGGAGGAGCUCCAGGACCUGAAUGCCGGUGACUGGUUCCUCAAGACAGACCCUUUCUACACGGUGUCACAGCUGUCACCUGAGGAGAAGGAGAUGGCAACCAAUCAGACCGUUCCCUCCUUAGUUCAGCUCCUUGACCUGGCUCAGAAAAAUAACAUUUCCAUCCUGUUUGACCUCAAAAACGAGAACGGAACCAACGACACCAACAUAGUUGUUGAAACCAUCCUGAUGUCUGGGAUCGACCCCCGUCUGAUCUUCUGGCUUCCACCAACACAACGAAGCGACGUAAAGAAGAGUGCGCCGGGAUUCAAACAGUACUAUAACAACAUCUCUGAUAUGAAAAAGGAAGGAGGAACUUCCCUGAAUUUGAAGUACAACAGCUUGAACACAUAUGAACUCAGGAAACUAGAUGAGGAGAACAUAACUGUGAACCUAUGGGUGGUGAAUGAGAGCUGGCUCUUCUCUCUGCUGUGGUGCACGGGGGUCAGUUCCGUCACCACCAACUCCUGCCACCGAUUCCAAAAAAUGACGCAGCCGGACUGGACCUUGGGACCCACACAGUAUACAGCAAUAUGGAUUACAGUGGACCUGCUGUCGUUGCUGAUAAUGUCUGGGCUCAUUUACAAAAGUUUGCUGGUGCAAAGAAAGAAGAAAAACAGGGUGACUGUCUCGAACGGACACGAACUAAAUCCCUUCUUGCCCUAGAGUUUACCUCAAAAGUGAAAGAGCAAGCGUCUGUCCCCUCCUUGCCCAGCAGAACGGUAUGGUCCUGGAUCAAGCAGAAUGGCUCUUGGUUCAAAUUAUACCAUCACUGUACAUUUAACUUAAAUUAAUACAGUUUGAAGCAAUAAAGGCUGGGCCCAUUGCACUCAAGAUAUUAAUUAAUUAUUGACAUGAAACGUCCCCUUUAAAUUCACUGUUUUCCUUACGACUGCUGCAUGUUUUCUAUUUAGAAAAGUAACAUUUGUUAUCUUCACUAUUUUUUCUUCUUAAAGCUACACUGGAAUGUUUACGAUUUGUUGAUAACAUAAGUUCAUGUGCUGUAACUUUUGGGGUUGUCUGGUUCUCCGUUUUUUGAGGUUUCUACUAAAUGUUUUAUAAAUCUGUAAAAUAAUUAUAUUGAUAUUGUUUAAAUCUUCAUCACAUUUAUACAGUUUUACAUGACCUUGGUAUUUUUGUAAGUGUUUCGUGAAGAGAGGUAAAGAGAUGUGAGAAUGAAUCCACUUUUCUAAAUCAUGUAAAUUCAAUUUAAAUUGAGAACAUAGAAUGUCCAGUUGUUGAUGCCUUUUUUAAACUUUUUCAUUAUAUAGGAGUGCUCACUUUAUGACCACAAGGUGGCAGACUUUCCCAGUCAGAAAAAAUGGUAGCCUACUUGCUGACGCGCCAAGUUUUUUUUAAUGCGACAUUCAAUUAACGAAGCCAGUCUACUAUAUAUUAUUUUAUUUGAUAAUAGCUAUAUACAUCUCCAUCGAUAAUAAAUAAUGAAAG